AUGAAGUUCUUCGCCUACGCCGCCGCUGCCCUCCCACUGGCAAGCGCAGUCAUGAUUCCCCGCGAACUCCAGAUCGACACAACACCGCUCAGCUGCAACAUUGACCUGGACUUGGAUGUGAACCUCGACCAGGCUGGCAAUCAGGCUGUGAACCAAGUUGAUGUUCUGGGUGUUCUUUCGAAGCUUCUUGCAGAUGGUGAAAUCGACAUUACCGAUGUCGAUACUCGUGUCUCAAAGCGAGCUGAUGUUCCUUUCUUGCACUGCGGCUACUCACGUGCUGCUCGCUGCGCUCUCAGCUCCGGUGGUGCUCUUGCUACCUGCGUCUGGGCCGCUAUUUCCUUUGGCAAGGACAUCAAGGAAGACUCAAAGUGUAUCGCUGCGGUUGCUGCUUUUGGCGCAAACUUGCCACAAGAUUGCAGACUCUGCUUGGGAGUCAACUAG